AGGUUCUAGAAAGAGUGCAGAGAAGAGCAACCAAGAUGAUUAGAAGACUGGAGAAAUGGGGCAAAAUUCAACUAACAAAUGUCUCGCUUAACGGCAGAAAUGUUGGGCUCAAUUGUGGUUGUAAAUCAAAGACUACCUGCUGUAUUUAUUUACAUAUUUUGGCCUCCCGGCGCCAGUUGGACUUCUUAUUCUCAAUAUAGUUUUCCUUUGCUUCAAAGAUCAGAGAACAGCAUGUUAGUUGAGGACAAAGGGCUUCUGGUGUUAUUGAAGUGAAACUCCAAGGUCGCUUUGCUUUCAGAAAAGAGGUGGCCUUGUGGCUUUGCAGAGCAGCUCCGAGAGAGGCUUUUGAGCAAAACAUAUUUUCCUUCCUUUCCUCGUUUUGAUAAUAAUCUCUAUCUGUUAUUAACUUUAAAGGCAGAAGAGGACACUAGAACUUAGAAGGGGGAGGAGGUUUUAAAGUUCUCUUAUACGAUUUAGAAACAGAAACUAAAUAAUUGAUUUUUUUUUUCUUCAUUUGGUAGCACACUCCGGCAAGGCUCCACUGUGAUUCAGUGAAAGUAUGGCCCUUGUACGAAGGCGUGCCCAUGACAACGCAUUUGAAAAAAAAGUCAGACACCAUUUCAACCAAGGACUAUGUGAGUUAACCUCUGUGGUCAAUUGUCUAUACCAUGCAAAAGAAGAUGUUGACUUUUACAUAGAUCUAAAGGAGCACAUCGGGAAGGCUACAGAGGAGUUGGGCAAGACAGAAGAAUUGGUUCUGUGGGACCUGGAGAAUGUGGAUGCAGCGACUUCUGAGAUUAUGGUCUCAAAGAAAAAACUCAUGGAUGAACAGAAAGCCAAAGAGAACGAGCUUGUCAAGUUUCAGAACCUUCAGGAGGAUUUGCAAAGACGCGGUGAGUUGCAAAAAGAAGACUAUCAACGCCAAAAAGCUAUGAAGGAAAGGGCAAAAAGGGAUAGAGAAGCUGCAGUGGAAGAAAUAAGAGAACAAGAAAGGCGGAAAGAUAAGGCCUUGCGGUUGAUGUGGAUACCAGUUGUGGGAACUAUUAUUGGGGGUAUUCAGGCUAUUGACGCUCAUAUGUCUCAGAAGGCGGCUGAGGAAAAGGCCGAUGCGGCACAGGAAAUGGUAAAUGAUUAUCAUGCCAAGGAGCAGAAGGCCCUGCACCAAGUUGCCGAAUGUGAGAAGCAGUUGGAGAAUCAAGAGAGUAAAAUUAAGACGACCCAGAAGAAUCUUGAAGAGAUGGAAGAGCAAAAAAAGCAGCUAACCGACUUCCACAAGGAUGUUCUGAAUCUGCAGGAGGCCCUCAGGGGCUGCUCUAACCUGGUGGGGACCCUGCAUUCUGAAGCAAACGCAGUUCGGCUGACGAGCCACUAUGUGUUCAUUUACGAUGCCUUGAAACCUCAAAUCGAUAGUCUCACUCAUCACAUGCUUCCAUUCCUGGAUGCGAAAAAUCCCAAGCACCGGCUGCUGGGCUGCCCUAAGAUAAGACGAAGUAUCAAGAAAUUGAAAUUCUUCUCUGAGACUCCGAGUACUUUGGCCAGAAACACUUACACUCUUAUGGAUAUGCUAGCUGACAAGGAUGUCCGUAGGUACUCUGUCAUCUGUUUUGUCAUCCUGGUCUUGCUCUGGGCAACUGGCUUUUUGUACAAAACCCUUCUGGUUAUUUUAAUUGGCUGCAUCGUUUUCUGUUUCCUAGCUUAGUAGCUCUGUAUUUAAGGAGCACCUCCCAUUCUGCAAAUCUGCUCCAAUACAGGUAGUCCUCGACUUAUGACCAUAAUUGAGCCCAAAAUGUAUGUUGCUAAGUGAGAAAUUUCUGAAUCGUUGCAGUUGUUAAAUUAGUCACACGGUUGUUAAGUGAAUCCGUUUUCCCCAUUGACUUUGCUUAUUAGAAGGUCGCAAAAAGUGAUCACAUGACCCCGGGACAUUGCAACCGUCAUAAAUGUGAGUCAGUUUUCCAGCAUCCGAAUGUAAAUCACGUGACCAUGGGGAUGCUGCUACGGUCAUAAGUGUGAAAAAUGGUCUUUUUUCAGUGCCGUUGUUAACUUUGGUCAUUAAGCAAAUUGUUGUAAGUCAAGGAUUACCUGUAUUUAUAUCAGCAGGAAAGAUUCUUUUGAGGAUGCUUCUACAACCAAAAAACUGGCUCAGGCAGGAUGAGGCCUAUUCUGGAAGUUUCCAGGCUGCACAUGCCCUUCCACAGGAGUUGUUCUUGGCCCCUACAUUAGUAGAAAAAUGGAAAGAAGACACAAUAUAUUUCUUUUAGCAAAUUAGAUCAGGUAAUAUACAGGUAGUCUCAACUUACGACCACAAUUGAGUCCCAAAUUUAUGUUGCUAUGUGAGAAAUUUGUCAAAUGAGUUUUGCCCCAUUUUACGAUUUUUCUUGCCACAUAAGAGCCUCGGUGGCGCAGUGGUUAGAGUGCAGUACUGCAGGCUACUUCUGAUGACUGCAAUUUGGCAGUUCAAAUCUCACCAGGCUCAAGGUUGACUCAGCCUUCCAUCCUUCUGAGGUGGGUAAAAUGAGGACCCAGAUUAUUUGGGGGCCAUAUGCUGACUCUGUAAAACCGCUUAGAGAGGGCUGUAAAAGCACUCUGAAGCGGUAUACAAGUCUAAGUGCUAUUGCUAUUUGUUAAGUGAAUCACUGCAGUUAUUAAAUUAGUAACACGGUUGUUAAGUGAAUCUGGGUUCCCCAUUGACUUUGCUUGUCAGAAGGUCACAAAAGGUGAUCACAUGACCCCGGGACUCUGCAACCGUCAUAUGAGUCAGUCAUCAAACAUGCGAAUGUAAAUCACAUGACUAUGGGGAUGCUGCAACAGUCAUAAGUGUGAAAAAUGAUCAUAAGUCACUUUUUUCAGUACUGUAAUAACUUUGGUCACUAAGCGAACUGUUGUAAGUCAAGGUCUACCUUGUCACUGCAUUGUUUUAUUUACCAGCUGAGCUCUCAUUUCUGGACUAUCAGACUUUCCGUAGCUUGCCAAGAAUCCUUAUCAGUAAGCUAAACUGCGCAUGUCUCUUCACCCACAUUCCUUCUCACACUCUUUUCUUUCUUCUCUUGCCAAGAAGUCCGACUGCUGAGAAGUAGCCGGCACGAACUUUUUCAAAAAUGUAACAAUUAAAUUUUAGAUAGUUAGAUGUUUUAUUUUCUUUACAAUAAAUAUGAGUUUUCUUAGAAGAUAUAUCUUCGGGUUUGUUUUCUUAAAGUAUGCUGGCAAGGAAAGGUCUCGAUCCACCCCUCUUAAUCAAGGUGCGAUUAUCCCAAAGGCAGAAUGGGAUUAAUCAGCACCCUGACAUACCUGUAAUUGCUUUAAACUUGUAUUUUUAUUUUAAAUAUUGUCAAUUGCUUUCUCUUUAUAAAAACACAACAAUGGCCUAUUAAUCCAGUAAAGGAAGAAAAUAGUUGUAAUUAACCUAUAAACUUCUAAAUUCUCA